ACAGCACUAACUUCCUGAAUCAAACUUCAGGAAGAUCAAAUGUUUCAGGUUCUGAUCCUGCUGCUAUCGAAUUAAGUUUCAAGUCUUCCAACAUAUGAUAAGUUUCUUGCGACCAAUUAACGAGAGAGUGAUGCCCAUCAGAGGGACAAUUCCAACGUCGGCCUGGUAUAUAUGGUGGAGGAAAUGGCAAAAAGUUCAUGCAGAGACCAAAAACGAGCACCUGGUGUAGGGCGUCGGAAGGCUAUGUUGCUGUCAAUAUUGAUGCUAAAUACAGCAUGAUGUAAACUUGGGAUCAGGAGCUUCGGGGGUGGUGAUCAGAGAUGACAAGGGACGGUUUUUGGCGGCAAAGGUCAUCCCUUUCGCUCUUGAUGCUGCUUCAGCGGAAGCCCAGCCGGUCCUUGAUGGCAUACAUCUAGCUAAUCGUGCCCCUCAACUUCAAUCCUGUUGCAACCUACUGAUCGUGCUACAGAUCAAUCUGUAUCUGUAAGCUAAUAGUAGUAGCACUAGUUAGGCGCAGUGUUCACGCCAGAUAUUCCAGAUGGAAGUCGCAGAACCAUCUAUAUAUCUCAACAAAGCCAACUUCUAUUAUAACGUGUGUUGAAAUGGAGACGACCGGUAGCAAGAUGCUGAAGCCGGUGUACUCGGCGCCGCACCCGCUCGCAGGCGAGAUGGUCCCGCUGACACUCUUCGACCGCGCCGCCAUGGACAUCUUUGUCUCCCUCAUCCUCGUGUACCCCGCGCCGACUCCGUCCAACGGGGCGCUCGUGGAGGGCCUGCGCAGGGCUGUCGCCCCGUACCCUCACCUGGCCGGACGGCUCGCCGUCGACCACUCAGGCCGGCGUUCCAUCCACCUCAACAACCACGGCGUGCUUGUCCUGGACGCCGAGGUCCCUGUCGAUAUGACGAGCGUGGUCGCCGAUGGCUGCUUUACCGCCGCCACCGAGGGCCUGUACCCUGCACUGCCACCGCCGGAGGAGAACGUCGGGGCGGCGCUGCUGCAGAUCAAGCUGAACCGGUACAAGUGCGGCGGCCUCGUGAUCGGCAUCAUCCACCACCACCACGCAGCCGAUGGCCGCUCCUUCAGCAACUUCCUCACCACGUGGGCCAGCGCAGUUCGCCAAGCCAGCGAAUUCACCGCCCCGUCGCCUUCCCUCGACCGCGCGGCGACCGCCGUGCCUCGGAGCGUGCCGACGCCGGCGUUCGACCACCGGUGCACCGAGUUCAGCGGAGAAGAAGACGGCUGCCGUAGCUCCUCCUACUCCCACCCCACGUGCAAGAUCAAGAAUCUCACGUUGCGCUUCACGGCCCAGUUCGUCACAGAGCUCAAGGCCCGCGUCGGCACCCCAUGCAGCACGUUCCAGUGCCUUCUCGCGCACGUGUGGAAGAAGAUCACGGCGGCGCGCGGCCUGAAGCCCGACGAGUUCACGCAGGUCAGGGUGGCCGUGGACUGCCGGGGCAGGGCCAACCGUGCCGUCCCGCCGGACUUCUUCGGGAACAUGGUGCUGUGGGCAUUCCCGAGGCUCCAAGUCCGGGACGUCCUGGGCUGGACCUACGGCAGCGUGGUAGGCGCCAUCCGCGACGCCAUUGGGCGUGUCGAUGCCGCGUACAUCCAGUCGUUCGUGGACUUCGGGAGCGUGGCGGACGCGAACUGGGCGGAGCUCGCGGCGACGGCGCCAACCUCCGGCGCGAUGCUCUGUCCGGACCUGGAGGUGGACAGCAGUCUGGGUUUCAGGUUCCACCAGAUUGACCUCGGCAGUGGGCCGCCAUCCGCGUUCCUCAUGCCGGACUUGCCCGUCGAGGGGCUCAUGACAUUUGUGCCGUCGUGCUCAGCCGAGGGCAGCGUCGACGUCCACAUGGCCGUCGCCGAGGAUCACGUCGCGGCGCUUGAGCAUAUAUGCUACUCCUUGGACGAAAGAGCUAAACCGAAGUUGUAAAAUGCUCCAUUAGUUUUGAAGGCCGAUCGCUUUGCACACUCACACUAUCUCCAAAGUUUGUGAUUAUUCCAUUUUCUUUUUCGGAUAUAUACAUGUAACUUAACAACGCUGUGCACUGCAAAGCUAAAUUUCAUUUCGUCAAUUUGUUCAGGUGUAAAUGGUACGGAUAUAGAUGGAUCGACCAUCCUAUCAGGAAAUAAAUGUGUUAUUGGACCUGACAAGACAAAUACGAACUAGAGGGUUGUUCGGGGGAAAACAACUUACUUCUCUAUCCAAAUUGGUAUCCAUAUAUAGGUAGCUGCAGCAUCCCAGUUAUCCGAAUCCGCAAGACAUUUUUUUUCUUAAUGAAACUUCUUUAGUUGAAGGCGAAUUGGAGCUUGUUUCACUGAACUGAUAAAAAUAUAAAAAUAUUGGAUAAUUACAAAUGAUAUCAAUAUCUGACUGAAUCAGUCAUAAUCUGUUAGCAACAAUUUCUGCAUUCGCAUUGGUUUCAGGAAUAUCCCUAUAUAAUUGUGAAUAUGGCCACGGAAAUGAAAACUCGUAUGUAUCCGACCACAUCCGUAAAGCCUGACUGUUCAUGAUAGAUUUUUUCUUCUUCCAUAUUGAUGGUUGUACAGGUGCAUAUUGGUGCCGGUAUCGACGAUUUAAUACCAAAAUGCAGUUCUACACUGACGCUAUGCGGGGUCGUAUGCUCAGCCAAUAAUCUCCUUCCAACGCAGUGAGUACCACUUUAAUGAUGCUUGAAUUUACCCAUUAUUAUGUCAUGUCCACCUAUUUAGACAGGGACAGGUACUGCUCUCUUCUACUGUCCCCCAUUGUUCCCACUUCCCACCCAUUCUUGUGUUCCCUUCUCGCAGUCCUCUACUCUUCCACGACUACCCAACCACCAUUUAUUCUUUGAUUUGUGAUAUGCAACGACUUUGCUGAAUUUACUGUUGAAAACCUUUAUGCCCGCUAAGUAGAAGGAAAUGUCAGUUAACUCGAAGGUCGACGUGUUUUAAGUAGUAGAGCUUUUACUGUUUUAAAUGCUGUUAUAUUUGUACUUAUGAAAGGAAC